GGCAAAAAAAGGCAAAAAAAAUAAUGUAAUUUUGCUGAUUGGUCAGUCGCGCGGCGCGUUUCGAUUGGCCGUGAUCGUCUCUAACUACUGGCUCCGCCGUGGAACUUUCUGUUUGAAAACUUUCCACAAAAGGUAUAAAAUUGGUCGCUGUGGUCGGCGUCGUGAAGAUUAAAAAAACACUACAGGGUCAGCAAAAAUCGUUCUACUAUGGCUGCCCAUAUCGCGAGACGAGUCCUCCGAAGCCGACGAGCGAACGACUUCUUCUCUGCAACCACCCUUGUUCCACCUAGGGUUUUGGAUCGGAGCUUCUUCUCCACCGCUUCCGGCUCCGAUCUGAUCCGGGCCACUCUCUUCCCCGGCGAUGGCAUCGGUCCCGAGAUCGCUGAUUCCGUCAAACAGGUAUUCAAAGCUGCUGAAGUGCCAAUUGAAUGGGAUGAACACUAUGUGGGGAAUGAAAUUGAUCCCAGAACCCAGAGUUUUCUGACGUGGGAAAGCUUGGAAUCUGUACGGAAGAAUAAGGUUGGCUUGAAAGGGCCAAUGGCCACACCAAUUGGAAAGGGUCAUAGGUCACUGAACCUUACAUUAAGGAAAGAACUCAAUUUGUAUGCUAACGUUAGACCUUGCUACAGUCUCCCGGGAUACAAGACUCGUUAUGAUGAUGUAGACCUCAUUACCAUCCGUGAAAACACAGAGGGGGAGUAUAGUGGCCUGGAACAUCAGGUGGUGAGGGGUGUUGUUGAAAGUCUUAAGAUUAUUACUCGUCAAGCAAGUCUCAGGGUGGCUGAAUAUGCCUUUCAUUAUGCCAAGAGCCAUGGGAGAGAUAGAGUAUCAGCAAUACACAAAGCCAACAUCAUGCAGAAAACUGACGGUCUUUUUCUGAAGUGUUGUCGUGAGGUUGCAGAGAAGUACCCUGAGAUAAAAUAUGAGGAAGUUGUCAUCGACAACUGUUGUAUGAUGCUUGUGAAGAAUCCAGCACUUUUUGAUGUUCUAGUGAUGCCCAAUCUUUAUGGUGAUAUUAUCAGUGACCUUUGUGCUGGAUUGAUUGGGGGCUUGGGCUUAACACCAAGCUGCAAUAUUGGUGAAGGCGGCAUUGCUCUUGCCGAGGCUGUACAUGGAUCAGCACCUGAUAUUGCCGGAAAGAAUUUGGCAAACCCAACGGCUUUGAUGUUGAGUGCUGUCACAAUGCUUCGCCAUCUGGAGUUGCAUGAUAAAGCUGAUCAGAUCCAGAAUGCUAUCCUUAACACAAUUGCUGAAGGGAAGUAUCGAACUGCUGACCUUGGAGGCUCUUCAUCAACUACUGAUUUCACAAAGGCAAUCAUUGAUCAUCUCUGAAGAGUACGUCUGAACAUUUGAGCUGUGGCUCGACGGCAAAUUGUUUGCUGGGUGAUAUUCUUUUUGAAAAUGUGUUAUAGAUAUUUCUGUUGGUAUUGCGAGGGAAUAAGAUAACUUCACCUUGAGGCAUUUUUCUCUCUUGUUUUUGUGUAUCUUUUAUGCUUUUAGUUCAUUCUAAGAAAGGCAUUGGUUCUAUGCCUUGGAUGGCUUCAUAUCUCUGCUUCAAGAGCCCAUCCUCCAUUGGAAAGGGGUUUAAUGGAGAUGCAGUUCAAAAACAUUUCCAGGAAUCUUAUAGCUUGUAGCUUGCGGAAUUAAGUUAUGGAGUCAUUGGAGCCUAAAUUUCAUCUUUGCCGAAUACAACAUUCUUUACCACCGGGGGUGGUAGCUGACAAUUGGUUCAAUCUCACAGGAUUUGGUUACAAGAGGUUGCAGGUUCAAGUCGUGUGGACAACACUUGCUCAUGCCUUGCAACUUCUCUGAUGUGGUGCGAGUCUAGGGUUCUUAAUUGUGGUGCUUCUGUUGUGGAUUUCGAUACAUUAAAUAUGUCAGCAACACGCCAUUCUGGAUACCGCAAAUCAAUAAUUCGCCUCUCCCGAUAAAUAUACAGGAUCUCUUCAAUGCA